GUGAAAACGCUGUGUCUCUGAUUUUGCGUUCAAGUUACCCUUUGCAUUCCCAGGUAAAGCGUGGCUGUUAUUGCCACACUGGCGUUUGUGGCACUGGGUAAACUUUGCACUAAGUAGCGGCAAACUGAUAUAAAACAAGCCGGUCACAAACGUGGCGCUUAAUACAGAAGCCGCAAACUCUCAGACUUUUACAUUAAACCUUUUCUACUUUAUUACUGAUACUUCGCGCUUUUCCGCGCGCCACAAAUUGCCGAAGAUGUUGCGGAUUCUCUGUGCGGUAGCUUUUCUCUGCGGAGCCGUGUAUUCUCAGCUGACGAUGCCGGGUCUAACCGGACUAAAUUUUGGAGAAAAUUGUGCGACAGAAGAUCGGUUAGCGUUCUUCCAGUGCUCCGCGGAAAUUCAGAUGCAAAAUAUGACCAAGGCUCAAGUAUUCCAACAGACCGUCCAAAUCUUUCAGACCGGCAUGUUCACUGAAGAGCAGGCGAAGGAGAUUGCCGAUGCUUUUUGCAGCCUUGCAAACGCUUCGAGCGCAUGCUUGCGUGCAGCUCGCUGUGGCUCAGGUCCGGUGAUAAUACCGCCUUCCCAACUGGAUGAAAAUGUGCUGCAGAUGUGUUCUUCUCCCAAUCGCUACAAGCACUUUACAGAGAUUGCGCGUUGCAAUAAACGACUUUUCAUUGACUUCGCCUUCGUGAGUGAUCCUCAGCUGGCAAACAUUCAUGUCAUAAUGUCCAACAUUACGAUGACUUCUACGAGUAACGACACGCCAAGCUUGCUUCCUCAACGCUUCCUCACCAUCAUAUGCCGAUUGUUCAACCGCUUAAGAGAGUUAGUUCCUUCGGAGAGGGUUACUGCUACUUGCGGUGCCGAUGCCCAGACGGCUUUCACCGAAUUAACUGGCCACAUUCGCAAGACGUUUCAGUGCCAGAGUCGAUAGCGGAUAAAACUACUAAGAUAUGAAAUAAUUAUGCAAGCGCAAGCAGGCCGAAUUACAGCUGUUCUUUAAAUGUCAAACUUAAAAAUGCGCUUUUUGCGCCUUCAUGCGAAGUGCUGACGAUCUGCUUCAUUUUAUUUCUAUCAAUCUAUAGCUCGCGUGAAGGUCACAGUAUCCACUAAAUCAACUUUAUUUUUUGCGUGUUGUUUCAUGCAAGACAGAAUGAAUUCGCGUUGACCAAGCAAA